ACCAUGAAACCAUUGGUGUAUGUGCUCUUGUGCAGGUGUCAGUUUGUCAAUGGUUGUCAAAGAAGUGGUGAAUGACAAAUAAGAGGGUGCGAUGUUUAGUUCGUAUAGUUCCAAAAUAAGCUUAAUUUUAAUUACCAAUUAAUUUCAACAAGCUCAAAUGUUAUAAUUGCUUUUACCAAUUUUUAAUUGGUAAAAGUUAAUUUGUGGAAUAGGAGCAUAAAAGACAAAAACGGUAUUUAAAUUGUGACGUUUGACGUGGCAUAAGAUACUUUGAAAGCAUUUAUUUAAUAGUUUAUUGUGGUUCGAUAACUUAUACAUAUUUAACAUGGGAUUAACAAUUUCAAGUGUGUUCACACGUUUAUUCGGCAAGAAACAGAUGAGAAUUUUAAUGGUUGGUUUAGAUGCUGCUGGCAAAACAACAAUUUUAUACAAGUUAAAAUUAGGAGAAAUCGUCACGACUAUUCCUACUAUCGGUUUUAAUGUUGAAACCGUUGAAUACAAAAAUAUAUGCUUUACCGUUUGGGAUGUUGGUGGUCAAGACAAAAUAAGGCCAUUGUGGCGUCACUAUUUUCAGAAUACACAGGGACUCAUUUUUGUUGUAGAUUCUAAUGAUAGAGAACGUAUUACAGAAGCAGAACAUGAACUUCAUAAUAUGUUACAAGAAGAUGAGCUGAGGGAUGCAGUUCUGCUGGUUUUUGCAAAUAAACAAGAUUUACCAAAUGCUAUGACUGCAGCUGAAUUAACUGAUAAGUUACAGUUACAUCAGCUUCGCAACCGUCGUUGGUUUAUUCAACCUACACGUGCAACCCAAGGUAAUGGUUUAUAUGAAGGUUUGGACUGGUUAUCAAAUGAGCUGGCAAAAAAAUAACUUAUGAUUGAUGUAAAAUAAUAAAUUUAAUUACUUUAGGUAAAGUUAAAGCAACUGUUACAUUUUAAGUUACAUUACUUUUACUAAUACUUUGUGAUUUAUAAUAAACAUGGACUGAAAAAAG